GCCCGCGUUGCCAUGACCACAGUUCCCAAGUUGCUGCAGCAGCAGGAGGAGGAACACAGCAAGCUGAGAUCUGUAUCGGUGGACCUGAAUGUUGAUCCCUUGCUUCAGACUGACAUACCUUAUGCACUCAGUGAGAGAGAUAAAGUCAAAUUUACAGUACACACCACGACCACGCUGCCCACGUUUCAGAGCCCAGAGUUUUCUGUUACAAGGCAACAUGAAGAUUUUGUGUGGCUACAUGACACUCUUAUUGAAACUACAGACUACGCUGGGCUUAUUAUUCCGCCCGCACCUGCAAAGCCUGACUUCAAUGGCCCUUGAGAGAAGAUGCAGAAACUGGGAGAGGGUGAAGGGUUUAUGACCAAAGAAGAAUUUGCCAAGAUGAAGCAAGAGCUGGAAGCUGAGUAUCUCGUGGUCUUCAAGAAGACUGUGUCUUCCCGUGAAGUCUCUCUUCAGCGGCUCUCCUCUCACCCUGUUCUCAGUAAUGAUUGCAACUUUCACAUUUUCCUGGAAUAUGAUCAAGAUCUAAGUGUUAGGCAGAAAAAUACCGAAGAGAUGUUUGGUGGCUUUUUCAAAAGUGUGGUGAAAGCUGAUGAAGUCCUUUUUUCAGGAGUUAUGGAGGUAGAUGACUUCUUUGAACAAGAGAAGCAUUUCCUCAGUAACUAUUAUGAUAGGAUCAAGGGUUCCUUUGCAAAGGCUGACAGAAUGACCAGCGCUAAUAAAAAUGUAGCAGACGGUUACAUCCUCACCGCAGCCUGCUUGCAUAGCCUGGCUUUAGAAGAGCCCACGGUCAUCAGAAAGUACCUACUGAAGGUGGCUGAGCUAUCUGAAAAACUUAGGAAAGUAGAGAGUCGAGUCUCCUCAGAUGAAGACUUAAAGCUGACAGAGCUCCUCCGAUACUACAUGCUCAACAUAGAGGCUGCUAAGGAUCUCUUAUAUAGACGCACCGAAGCCCUCAUUGACUAUGAGAAUUCAAACAAGGCGCUGGAUAAGGCCUGGUUAAAAAGCAAAGACGUCAAGCUGGCUGAGGCAUACCAGCAGGAAUACUGCCAGAAAUUUGAACAGCUUUCUGAAUCUGCAAAAGAAGAGCUAAUCAAUUUCAAACAAAAGAGAGUGGCAGCAUUUAGGAAGAAUCUGAUUGAAAUGUCUGAACUGGAAAUAAAGCAUGCCAGGAACAACAUCUCCUUCCUGCAGAGCUGCAUCGACUUGUUCAAGAACAACUGAACAAAGGAUAUGAAUGUGAAG